CGGUACUUGACGUUUCGGAUUUACGCACUAACCCUCUCUGCUGGUUUCACCGCGAGUAUUAUGUUUUUGAUUUACGUUAUUAAACGCUAGGCUUAUUUAGCCAAAUUCGUUGAUAUUUUGUGAAAAUAGAACUGAAUUGAAAUGUCUGUUACAUUGGAAAAUGUGAUAGGCCUAUGUGUGAGUGAGAGAUGAUACCAAAAUGGGCUUUUCAGACAGAAGACGGCGAAGACCCCAUCCAUCGACUGCUUGACAUCGACCUCGUUCCAUUUGUCAUAUUCUAUUCAAGGUUCUGUAUUCUGAUGUCGACAACAUGAGAAAGGCAUUCAUAAAACACGUCAAAAGGUUUCCGUGGCUUACCAACGUAACCCUCUACGGUUGCCUGUUCGCCGGUGGGGAUUUCGUUCACCAGUCGUUCUCGCGCAAUGAAGAAAUGGACUGGAGGCACACACGCAAUGUGGCGGUGGUCGCUUUCAGUUUCCACGGCAACUUUAACUUCUUCUGGAUGCGGGUUUUGGAGCGCAGAUUUCCCGGGAAUUCGGUCAGGAUGGUUGUGCGUAAACUUUUCUUGGACCAGACCACAGCCGCUCCUUUGGCCACAAGUGUAUUCUACACAGGUUAGUCAGAAAGCUCGAGAACACUCAUUGACAAACAAUUCCGCAUAGCUAGUCUCUGUGAUAUCUUAUUGACAGUUAAUUAUUAACUUCCAGCACGUGUUCUAGGCCCUUUCUGUGAAUAUGUAACAAUUGGACCUUAAACUGUUCAUUCUGUAUUAAUUGAUAAUCUAUUCGCAAAGCUCACUCUAUCUGUCUGUAUGUAGACCUAACUGAGGUCACGUGAAAGACUUGAACAGAUGUGAGCUCCAUAUAUGACAUUACGGAUAGUUAAAUCCUACAAAUGUUGGUUUCAACCAAGUAAAGUAGCCAUUCAAGUCAAUGGUUGUCUCUAAAUGUAGGCUAACAGAUAUUUGACUAAACACACUGAGUUGUGUUUUCCCUAGGGGUGAGUUUCUUGGAGGGCAAAGAGGACAUUUUCCAGGACUGGAGGGAGAAGUUCCUGAAUACAUAUAAGGUGAGUCUAUAGUCUGAAGAGAAACUCCAAUCAUGCCAUUGGGUCCUGUUUUUCUGGUCAGGUCAGUCAAGUGGUUAGGAAAAAAACCAUGCCAUUACUCAGUAGUGAUGCGCAGGUUGACCCAUAACCCGCAGUCCCCGCGGACGGGUUUAUGGCCAUUAAAUAUUGUGGGUGGCGGGCAGGUUGAAUAAAGAGAAAACAAUACCUUAAAAAAUCCAUAAAUGUAUCAUUCUUUUGCAAUUUAUAUCUAUAGUUUACAUUGAGAUUUUUCUUUCGUUAUUGUUGGCUAUCUGGCAUUAGUGCGUAAGCCUAAACUUUAGGACGCGCCAAAUAGCCUACAGCCAAUCGCCAAAUUAUUUUGGGAACGGGUAGAAAAAGUUAAUGUCAAUCCACCGAGGCAAAAAGGACAAUGUCGGAGUUUAGUUCAUUAAGAGAAAAGCUGCGAAAUGGUGAGUUGAAAAUAAAGAGAAGGGAGGGCCAGAAAAGUAAUGUUUGGGAAACAUUUGUUGAAGUGGUAAAAGACGAUGAUAGCUAUGUUAAGUGUGAUGAUUGUGAGGCGCUAUACAAAUUCGAUAGUCACAAGAAGGGGACUUUAAAUAGGGAAGUUAAAGGGGACUGUAGCCUACUGUUCAGAUGGGUUUAAUGGAAACUGAAAUCUGGACACUGACUGUAGGUCUAUUACCUCCAGUGGUGGAAAAAGUACCCAAUUGUCAUACUUGAGUAAAAGUAAAGCUACCUUAAUAGAAAAUGACUCAAGUAAAAGUAAAAGUCACCCAGUAAAGUUCUACUUGAGUAAAAGUCUAAAAGUAUUUGGUUUAAAAUAUACUUAAGUAUCAAAAGUACAUGUAAUUACUAAAAUAUACUUAAGUAUCAAAAGUAAAAGUAUAAAUCAUUUCAAAUUCCUUAUAAUAAGCAAAUCAAAUGGCACCAUUUUCUUAUUUUUUUAAUUUACGGAUAGCCAGAGGCACACUCCAACAUUCCAACAUCAUUUACAAACUAAGCAUGUGUGUUUAGUGAGUCCGCCAGAUCAGAGGCAGUAGGGAUGACCAGGGAUGUUCUAUUGAUAAGUGCGUGAAUUGGAAAAUUUUCCUGUCUUGCUAAGCAUUCAAAAUGUAACGAGUACUUUUGGGUGUCAAGGAAAAUGUAUGGAGUAAAAAGUACAUUAUUUUCUUUAGGAAUGUAGUGAAGUAAAAGUAAAAGUAGUCAAUAAUAUAAAUAGUAAAGUAAAGUACAGAUACCCACAAAAACGACUUAAGUAGUACUUUCAAGUAGCUUAGUGGCUAAGAGCGUUGUGCCAGUAAUCGAAAGGUCGCUGGUUCUAAUUCCCAAGCUGACUAGGUGAAAAAUCUGUCGAUGUGCCCUUGAGAAAAGCACUUAACCCUAAUUGCUCCUUUAAAUCGCUCUGGAUUAGUAUUUCAACCACAUAAAAUAUGCAAGCCCAACUGAAAUCUUAUCAGAAACAUAUUGGGUCGUUUUCACAGCUUUCUAUUUCCUUACAACCGGUCAAACUGAUCUCAUUUGGAAAUUUUGCACAGAAAAUCUUUCCUAUUUUUGUUGUUGUUGAGUUAUUGUGUUUUCUCCCCGGUCCCUUAACAUCUUUGCUCCGCAAAAGAAGAUGACCGAGAAAACUUUACUGUUGUCAACUAGAUUUAAGCAUUCAUUCUAUCGGUAUAUGACAUUCUGGUGAGCAAGGGUUUAUUUAGUCUUCUAGGGCAACAUAGAAGAGAAGCUGCAUGUAUCUAAUUAUAGACAAGUUGACUAACAAAUAGCUUACCAAAAUGACGAAAAUUAUAAGCAGAAACAUAUCUAAAGCAGGCAACAAAAAAAUCUUGCACAAGCUGUCAAAAAAUUGUUCCGCCGUCUUUGACUGUAGCCUAAAACAAAUUUUCUAUAUUUGCGGGUUAGGGCGGCCGUCAGAUUUUCACUCACAUAUAGUCCAGUGGAGGGUCCUCAGAAGAGGAAGGGGAGGACCAUCCUCCUCAGUGAAUUUCAUAAAAACUCAAAUUUAAAACAUUUAAAAAGUUAUCAUUUUUAGAUAAAACUAUACUGAAUAUAAUCACAUGUCACCAAACAAUUGAUUAAAACACACUAUUUUGCAAAGAAGGUCUACAGUAGCCUCAACAGCACUCUGUAGGGUAGCACCAUGGUGUAGCCGGAGGACAGCUAGCUUCCGUCCUCAUCUGGGUACAUUUACUUCAAUACAAAACUUAGGAGGCUCAUGGUUCUCACCCCCUUCCAUAUACUUACACAGUAAUUAUGACAACUUCCGGAGGAUGUCCUCCAGCCUAUCAGAGCUCUUGCAGCAUGAACUGACAUGUUGUCCACCCAUUCAAAGGAUCAGAUAAUUAAUCUAGUACUGAAAGCAUAAGCUACAGCCAGCUAGCACUGCAGUGUAUACAUGUGGUGAGUAGUUGACUCAAAGAGAGAGAAAUAAAAUAGUUUAACAGUUUUGAACAAAUUCAUUUCUUCCAAAAUGAAGAAGCAAGAGAGAAAUAGAGAGAGAGAUUUUUUCUUUUUUUUUUCUUCACUUACUUAGCUAGCAAAUGCAGCUAGCUAGUUUAGCCUACUGAAACACCCUGCUCGAACAGAGGGAUGCUAUGUUAGCUAGCUGGCUAUGACUAUCCAACACAACACUGGAACUCUUCCAAGUCAAGGUAAGCUUUUGGUAUACAAAUGUAUUUCCACCGGGGCCCGCCGGUGUAACUGCUUACUGACUGUACACUAACAUUACUGCAUGAUUGUAGCGGGUUUACUAACGCAUUAGUUCUAUUAGCUAUGCUGACUAUGAUGUUACUUUAGCUAAUAUGGUGACAACGAUGUAGGCUGUGUGCAGCGGUUUGGCUUGGAAAGGUUUUUUCGUCUGGUCACAUACAGCUGAUGUGUUGUGCAUUGAAGUCCACAAGUAAAGGGACAAGGUGAGAGGAGGAGAGUGCAUAGAAGGAAUACAACGUGGCUGCUAUGAAAGUGAACUGUGUUUAUGCGUGAUCAGGGGUGUAUUCUUUCUGCCGAUUCUGUUGAAAAAAAAAUCUUAAACGGAAGCAAACGUAACAAAACGGGGAUAAACAUACCUGAAUUUGUCCAAUAGAAACUCUCGUUUGCAACUGUUGGACUAAUGAUUACACCCUAUAUCAGCUAGAUGCAGGCAAGAGUGUGCAAGGCGGUAUUGAAUGUCACUGUCUGUUCAUGUGUCACUGUCUGUCGCCUCAAAUUUGUCUCUCGACCUGUGUGCACCUACUUUGUAAACUUCCAUUCAUAGGCUAGGUUGUAGCAACCUCAUGAUGGGUAUAGGGAAAAUUAGAGUAUCAUGUAGUAGCCUAAACCUAUUGCUGUUACAUUGAACUGGGUGCCCUCAGAACAGCCUCAAUUCCUCGGGCAUGGACUCUAUAAGGUGUCGAAAGGCGCUCCACAGGGAUGGUGGUGGACCAUUCUUGAUACACAUGGGAAACUGUUGAGUGUGAAAAACCCAGCAGCGUUGCAGUUCUUGACACAAACCAGUGCGCCUGGCACCUACUACCAUACCCCGUUCAAAGGCACUUAAAUCUUUAGUCUUGCCCAUUCACCCUCUGAAUGGCACACAUACACAAUCCAUGUCUCAAUUGUCUCAAGGCUUAAAAAUCCUUAUUUAACCUGUCUCCUCCCCUUCAUGUACACUAAUUGAUGUGGAUUUAACAAGUGACAGCAAUAAGGGAUCAUAGCUCUCACCUGGAUUCACCUGGUCAGUCUAUGUCAUGGAACGAGCAGGUGUUCCUAAUGUUUUGUACACUCAGUGUAUAUGAUACUUUCCCAUCCUCAAGUUUCAGUAGACAUAGUAUUGCUUGGCCAGACUACUAUGGAUGGAAAUUAGACUAGGCCUCAAUGCUGACUAAUCAACUAAGAAGCCUCUCUUGAUGUAUCUUAGAAGUCAAGCCCCAGACAGACAGUCUGAAAAUCAUUGGUGAAAGGUCGUAUCAGUUCAAAUGUAGGCUAUCAGUGUGUUGGAGGUCUUACGAGUCUAUUUACUUUCUAUUUACUUUGGGCUGUCUAAAAAUGUGGACAAAGUCUAAUCUUGUAAUGGUUGAUAUGCUUUUCUCUUGCAGACUGGACUCAUGUUCUGGCCAUUCAUGCAGGUAAAUGACUGUCUUUGUAUAAUCAUAUCUUAGUGUAUACGAAAGCCUUGAACAAUGCACAUCCUAUCCACCCAGUACUACUAACUUGAACAAUGUCAAUCAUUAUGGUUUCACGAUAUAUUUACUGUAUCCCAUAAACAUUUACAUAUGUCCAAUGAACAAGACUUUACUCCCUCACCUACCUCCCAGUCUUCCUCCUCUCCUCUCCUCUUAUCUCUUCCUUCCCCCUCUCCUAGUUCCUGAACUUUUCCCUGGUGCCACUGUACAUGCGGACCACCUUCACAGGGUGCUGUGCCUUCGUCUGGGCCACCUUCCUGUGUUUCUCACGUCAGAGUGGGGACGGCACGGCCACCGCCGCCCUCGCAUGGAUGUUUACUCCAAAACAGGGCACGACGACAGAGCCUGAAGCGGAGAAACCAGGGCCCAAACUGGACCAGACAGGGCCCAAACUGGACACAGAAGGACCCAAACAGGACAGCCCAAGCCCCAAAGAGGAGACACGAACACCCACUGUUAAGCAGGACGACCAAGCAUGAACAAAGGAGGUGGAGGCUAGUUUGAACAAGGGCGCAUAAACUGACACAACACCUAGCCAAGAGAAGGGACCACAGACAAGCACUGACUCAAAAUGAAUCUCUGGUAGAUUCUGGUUCUAUAGAAUCUUCAGAUAAGAAUUCCAUCUAUUUAUGAAUCUUAUACCUCAAAAUGUUCUCAUCUUGAAAAGUUCAAUUCCAAUGUGCUAUGCUACUGCACAAGAUAUUGGCAGGGUGUAACGUAUUGCUAUACAAAGGGGCUUUGUAUUUAUUGAACUGUUAUUGACAACCAUUGGAUCCAGCAUUCUUGAACAAACCAUAUUUGAACAUAGAAGUGCUUGUACUACUGUACCUAUUUUGAUCUCCCCCCCUUUCUCUCUCUCUCUCUCUC